AUGGCGUGCCGCGUCUGGCGGGCGUGUUGCUGCUGCGCCGCCGCACCGGCACACGGUGGUGUCUUCGCGGCGCUGUGUGCCCCACAACGCUGGCGGUCCGGGACGCCUGCCUCGACCAAUAAUAAUAAUAAUAAUAAUAGCAACAGCAGCAGCAGCAGAGGCGGUGGUGUGUCGCUGCCGCCGCUGCGGUGCCCCGGCGGGCCGCGCGUGAAAGCGGAGGGGCUGAAGCAUCUCUUCAAGGUGCCGCACGCCGGCUUCCUCGCCAAGCACGGCCAGCGCUUCAUCCUCAACCUGAAGCUUACGCACCAGAUCGUCUCGCACCUGAGCCGCAGCACGCUCAAGACACAUGACAAGCUGCUGAUUGAGCUCGGGCCCGGGGCGGGGGCGCUCACGCGCAGCCUGCUGACGCGCCCGUGUGUUGGUGUGCUCGGCAUCGAGGCGGACGAACGCUUCAACGCGCACCUGGAGCAGAUACGGCAGUACACGGAGGGAAAGUUUGAGUGGGUGAACGCCGAUGUGCUGCGCGUGAAUGAGCUCGAUAUUCUGCAGUCCGUGCACCCGGCAUUCGUGCAGCAGCAUCGGCGUCGCCCGAGUGGGGCGGCGGACAGCAGCAGCAGCAGUAGCAAUAGCAACAGCGGUGGGUGUGAGGGGGCGCCGCUUCGGAAUGCGCAACGUGAGCGCAUCUUGCGUAAGCGCUUUGGGCGGUACGCGGGCUUCAAUCACGACACCGCAAGUAGUGGUAGUAGUGGUGGUGGUGGCGGGGGUAGCGGUAGCAUGAAUACUAACACUAACAACGGCAGCGGCAGUAGUGAUGCGGCCUUUGAGGUGACGGAUCACUGGUGGUCUGACGGCGACGCCAAGGUGGAGGUCAUCGCGAACCUUCCGUUUGACGUCAUCACGGAGCUGCUGAUGCGCUUCGCCACGGACUGCUCGCGCAAGCAGAACCUCUUUGUCUUUGGCCGCGUCCCACUGCACAUCUUCACGCAGAAGGAGGUGGCGGAGCGCAUCAUCGCCCCCGCAGGGUCGGUGCAUUUCUCGCGCCUCUCUGUGCUGUGCCAGUGCUACUUCCACGUGCAGGUGCGGCAGACGUUCAGGGAGAUGACGUACUACCCCAAGACAGAGGUGCUUGGCGCGAUGCUGACACUACAGCCUCGCAGUGUGUCGCUGCUUCCAGGCAUGGACGCCGCCACGCUGAUUCACUUUACAGAUCUGCUGAUGAAGCCCGGCCACCGCGGCAUGACGGUGCACAAGGCGCUACAGCGGUGCGUGCCGGCGGAGGUGGCGCAGUACAUGCUGCAGGAGCUGCGCGUUGACGGUGCCUUGACCGUGCUCGACCUGACGGCAGAGGAGGUCUGCAGACUCGCGGCGCUGUGGCAGCGAUUUCUCGAGGCCUCGUCGCAGCAGCAGAAGCCGCAUCAACAAAAUGAAUCGGCAGUCGGUGGAGAGUAG